AUGGCCAAUACGAAGAAGGUUUGUGUAGUUGGUGCAGGAGUAGUUGGGCUGUCUACUGCUUAUUGCUUAGCUAAUUGCGGUGGGAAUAUCGAGGUGACAGUCAUUGCAGAAAAAUUCUCUCCUAAUACAACUGGAGAUGGUGCUGCUGGUAAAUGGUAUCCUUCUCAUCUCAGUCAAACACCAGAAAUCGAUCAAAGGAGAUGGGGCUCCAUCACCUAUCAAUGGUUGCUCGAUUUAACAUUUUCUGAUUUAGCUGACUCUGUGGGUGUAAGCUUAGUUUCUGGUUACCACUUUUUUGAAUAUUAUCCUAAGGACCCACACUGGAAGGACAUGGUACUAUUUUUUCGUCGUGCAACAAACCGUGAAAUUGAAAAGAUUAAUGAAAAUGGAUAUUAUGUUGUUAAAACUGGCUGGUUUUACACAACUUUCUUUCUCAAUUGCGAAACUUACUUACCAUGGCUUAUGGCUAAGUUUAGAAAGUUAGGUGGCAAAGUUAUACAAAGACGGGUUGAAAGUUUAUCUGAACUUGGCGGAAAGUAUGACUGCAUUGUUAACUGCAGCGGAUUAGGUUCAUAUCAGCUGGCCGAUGAUAAAAGUUUAUAUCCAAUUUGGGGUCAGCUAGCUAGGGUCAAUGCUCCAUGGAUAAAACACUUCAUAAGCUUUUAUUCUAAGGAGAAGAAGGAUGCGUACAUUAUGCCUAGGGCAACAGAUGUUGUUUUAGGUAUAUAUAACGAACCACAUAGGUGGGAAAACAAAGUUGAUGACGAAAUUCAUGAGGAAACGAUGCAACGUAUCUAUUCUGUUAUGCCAAGCCUAAAGAACGCUAAAGUAACCUGGAAAUGGUCCGGAUUGCGACCAGCUCGGCCUGCUGUACGCUUAGAAAAUGAUCAACUAAAUGUCAAUGGCAAGAAACUCCCGAUCAUCCAUAAUUACGGUCAUGGAGGUUCUGGUAUAACGUUGCAUUUAGGCUGCGCCCUAAAUGCUACGAAAUUAGUUAUUGAAGCUUUAGGAAUGCAAAGUCCCGGCAUUAACUAUAGCUAUAACUUUCCACGAAUCAGUCAAAACUACAGUAGCAAACUAUGA